AUGGUAACUGUUGGCGAUUUCAAUAAUGAUGGUCGACUUGAUCUUGCUGUUGCAAAUUAUGGUGUUAAUAAUGUUGGUAUAUUUUUGGGGAUUGGAAAUGGUGCUUUUGGAAGUCAAAGUACACUUUCCACUGGUUCGUCACGUCCUCUUCGGAUUUAUGUAGCUGAUUUGAACAACGACAAAGCACAAGAUAUGAUCGUAGCCAAUUAUGGUACACAGAGUAUUAGUAUAUUUUAUGGAGAUGGAACUGGAAAGUUUUCGAAUGCAAUGACAUAUUUUACAGGUUAUGAUUCUAUUCCGAUGGGAAUUACUGUUGGCGAUUUUAAUAAUGAUAAACAUAUGGAUAUUGCUAUCGCUAAUUCAGGCACAAAUAACGUUGGUAUAUUACUCGGAAAUGAAAACGAUACUUUUAUAACUCAGAAUAUCUUUCCGACUGGUUAUGGUUCACAUCCAUAUUCGAUCACCACUCAUGAUUUUAAUGGUGAUAACUUUCUUGACAUUGUCGUUGCAAAUCAUGGUACUCAUAGUGUUGGUGUACUUUUGGGAAAUGGCAACGGAUCUUUUUCACACUCAACAAUCUAUUCAAUUGGUAAUUCUAUUCCAAUUGCUGUUGUCAUUGGUGAUAUGAAUAAUGACAAUUAUAUGGAUUUAGUUGUUACAAAUAAUGGUACUAAUGAUAUUGCAGUUUUUAUUGCGUAUGGUAAUGGUAGUUUUCGAAGUCCAACAAUGUAUUCAACUGGUUCUUUAUCUUCAGUUUCAGUUGCCAUAACUGAUUUCAAUAAUGACGUUAUACCAGAUAUUGUCGUUAUUCAUAAUGAAACCAAUGCUAUUGGCAUCCUUCUUGGAUAUAAUAAAGGAUUCCUAAAUCAAAUACAAUAUCCAACUGGUACUAAUCCAACUUCGAUAGUUGUUGGUCAUUUCAAUAAUGAUACUCAACUAGAUAUGGUUGUUGGUAAUUAUGUUGACAACACUAUAAGUGUACGACUGGGUUAUCCUGAUGGAUCAUUUGGAAAUGAAAUAACAUUUUCAGCUGGUUUCGCACCGCAAGCAUUAGUUGUUGGUGAUUUUAACAAUGACACUCAUUUAGAUAUCAUCGUAGCUAAUUAUAAUGAAAGCACCGUAAGUGUACUUCUUGGAUAUGGUACUGGCUCUUUUGCAAAUCGAGCAGUAUAUGCAACUGGCCAAGGUCCAUCUUCUAUAGCUAUUGGUGAUUUUGACAAUGAUACUCAUUUGGAUAUUGUUGUCACUAAUGGCUGGUAUCUAAUUAACACUAUGAGUGUACUUCUCGGAAAUGGGAAUGGUACUUUCAGAACUGCAAUGACUUAUGCAACAGGUUAUACUCCAUCGGCUGUAGAUGUUGGUGAUUUUAACAAUGACACUAUAUUGGAUCUUGUCGUUGUCAACAAUUGGCAGAAUACUGUUAGUAUAUUUCUCGGUAUUGGUGAUGGUUCUUUUCCAAAUCAGAUUAUGUAUUCAACUGGCACUGGGCCACAGGCAGUAGUUGUUGGUGAUUUUAAUAAUGAUGGUAAAGCAGAUUUUGUUGUUGCUAAUCUAGGUGACGCAAGUGUAAGUGUGUAUCUUGGAUACGGUGAUGGUUCAUUUACAGAUCAAACAUUGUAUUCGGUUGGUACUGCACCAAACUCUAUAGUUGUUGGUAAUUUCAGCACCGAUGCAUAUUUAGAUAUGGUUGUUGCCAAUCUAGGUGACAACACUGUCAGUUUACUUCUUGGAUAUGGUAACAGUAGUUUUGCAACUCAAACAACAUAUUCAACUGGUUUAGCACCAAAUGCUAUUGCUGCUGGCGAUUUUAACAAUGACUUUCUGCUGGAUGUUGUUGUUGGUAAUCUAAAUAAUAAAAGUGUAAGUGUAUUACUUCAUUUUGUUGGAGGAGAGCUGACAAGUGAAUCGGCAUAUGCAUCUGGUGGUGGUUCACAUUUAAAAUAUGUUAUCGCUAGUGAUUUCAACAACGAUACACACCAAGAUCUCAUUGUUGCUAACUAUGGAACUAAUAGUAUUGGUGUUCUUCUUGGAAAUGGAACAGGUACUUUUGCAAAUCAAAUUAAUUUUACAAUGGGCUCAAAUUCUCAUCCGGCGUCAAUCGCUGCCGGUGACUUUAAUAAAGAUGGGCAAGCAGAUCUUGCAGUUGCUAAUUAUGGUUCAAAGUAUAUUGGAAUGCUUCUUGGAAAUGGAAAAGGCUGGUUUACAAGUCAAGUAGUUUAUGGUGAUAGUACGGAUUUUGCUCCGUUAGUUGUAGCUGCUGGUGACUUUAAUAAUGAUGGACAAACAGAAAUUGUAGUCGCUUAUGAUGAUAGUGAUAAUGUUGACGUAUUUGUUGCAUUUGAUACAGGAUUUUUCUAUCCUAAAAAAACUUAUCCAACUGAUGUUGGUCCAUGGUCUGUAGCCAUCGGUGAUUUUAACAAUGACAGCCAACUAGAUUUUGUCGUUACUAAUAGUGCUGCUAAUACCAUAAGUAUACUUUUCGGAUAUGGCAAUGGUUCUUUUGCAAUUGGGCCAACAUAUCAAACUGGUAAAAGACCAUCAGCUGUAGCUGUUGGAGAUUUUAACAAUGAUAAUCAACUCGAUAUUGUCGUUGCUAAUAUGUAUAUUGACUUUACUCAGAUAGAUAGUCAUCUCCUACUUAUAUAUCUCGGAUAUGGUAAUGGAUCUUUUGUGCUUUCAUCAUAUGCUUUCACUGGCAUGGGCCCAGCAGCUAUGGUUGUUGCUGAUUUCAACAAUGAUAAACAAUUGGAUAUCAUAGUUGCUAAUAGUUACCAAAACUAUGUAAGUGUACUUCUUGGGUUUGGUAAUGGAUAUUUUGCAGAUCAAGUAACAUAUCUGACUGGUGGUGCCCCAGUGUCUAUAGUUGCUGGUGAUUUUAACAAUGACACUCAACUAGAUAUCGUCACCGCUAAUACUAAUGAUGCAACUAUAAGUGUACUUCUUGGGUAUGGUAAUGGAUCUUUCGCAGAUCAAGUAACAUAUCCAACUGGAACUUAUCCAGCUUUUGUAGCUGUAUUUGAUUUUAACAACGACACACGACUAGACAUUGUCGUUGCGAAUUCUGGUGACAGCAAUGUAGGUUUACUUCUCGGGCAUGGUAAUGGUACGUUUGCAAAGCAGACAACAUUUAUAGUUGGCAACUCACCAGGAGCACUAGCUGUUGGUGAUGUGAAUAAUGACAAUCGACUAGAUAUUGUUGUCACUAAUACAGGUGACAACACUGCUAGUGUACUUCUUGGAUUAGGGAAUGGUGCUUUUAGAGAACCGGCAGUAUAUUCAACUGGAGCUUUACCAUACUUUGUAGUCCUUGCUGAUUUCAACAGUGAUAAUCGACUGGAUAUGAUCGUUGUUAACUACCGAGACAGUCGUGUGGGUAUACUUUUAGGAUAUGCAAAUCUUGCUUUUGUUAAACAAACGACACUCAUAACUGGUAAUGGUUCUCAACCAAAAUCGUUUGUCAUUGGAGAUUUUAACAAAGAUGCUCAACUUGAUAUUGCUGUCACAAAUUCGGGCACGAAUAAUAUGGGCAUAUUUCUUAGUUAUGGAAACGGUUCUUUUGCUCUUCAGAAAACAUAUGCAACUGGUUCUUCUCCACGAUCCAUAGCAAGUGGUGAUUUUAAUAACGAUACUAUACUAGAUAUUGUUGUCGCUAAUAGUGGCAGUGACAGUGUUAGUGUACUUUUUGGAUAUAAAAAUGGUUCUUUUGCAAAUCAAACAACAUUUACAACUGGCUUUGAAUCUGAACCAUAUACAGUAGCUGUUGGUCAUUUUAACAAAGACAUCUUUUUAGAUAUCGUUGUCGUUGAUUAUGGUCUGAGCAAUGUGUAUGUGUUUAUUGGAUAUGGUAAUAACACAUUCGUAGGUAAAUCCGUUUUUACACUUGGUUUUGGAUCAUCACCAAUAUCUUUAGCUGUUGCUGAUUUCAAUAAUGAUAAACAGUUGGAUUUUGCUGUUGUGAACGAAGGCACUGACAACUUGAAAAUUCUUCUAGAAACUUGUUAA